AUGUUUGGAAUCCUCAGUUUCUCCCUCUUUGCUGUCCCUAUGGCUUUAGGGUUAAUUCAUGGCUGGAGUUACCUGCUCUGGAUAACUAUUCUAGGAUUACUACUGCUAGCCUGGAGAAAAGUUGCAUUCUGUGUAGCAUCUCAUCAGAAAAGAAUUGAUCUGACUGGCAAAGCAGUGUUCAUCACUGGCUGUGAUACUGGCUUUGGGCAUUCAUUGGCCUUGAGACUAUUCCAUCUUGGCUUCACUGUAUUUGCUACUUGCCUCUUUCCAGAUGGGGAAGGAGCACAAAGUCUGAGGCAGGAGGCAGGAACUAGCCAUUGUCUACAUGUUUUCAAACUUGAUGUCACUCAGGAUCAAGAUGUGGCUGAUGCCAAGGACUUCCUCCUGAAGAAUCUGCCUGAAAACGGUCUCUGGGGUCUAGUAAACAAUGCAUGUCUAGCACCGUUUGGGCAGUUGGAAUCUUUUGAAGAAAUAAAAAAAAUUAUAGAUGUCAAUGCUUUGGGGAGCAUCAGGACAACUCUAAAACUUCUUCCUCUUAUAAAAAAGAGUCAAGAGCAAUACAGAGAUGUGAUCUUUCUUUUUUUUUUAGGACAUUUAAUCUUCAUGUCUAGUAUAAGUGCAUUUAUAGGAUUCGGAAGUGCCUCCUACUCUUUAUCAAAAAUUCUAUUGGAAAAAUUUGGUGAACACCUAAGUGCUGAACUAAAGAAAUCUGGAGUUAAGGUUUCUCUUAUUGAACCAGGAAACUAUGCUCCUGCUACUAAUAUUUUGAAAACACACAAUUUGGAAAAAUACUGGAACAAAUUUGAUGAUGAUGAAACUAAAGCAAGCUAUAGUAAAGAAUACCUACAAUUCUUUGCUAACAAAGUGGACAAAAUACUAAAAAAUGGAAAGCAUGACUCAAAAGAAGUUAUUGAUGCUAUAAUUGAUGCUUUAGUGAAUCAAGAGCCAAAAAGAAGAUAUUUGGUUGCUACUUUUAAGGAAAAAUGUUUGGUCUAUGCUUUUUGCUAUUUGCCAGCAUCCCUACUAGAGUUAUUCCUUUGUUCAUAUUGA